AAGUCACAGUUGAGUCAUAAACCAGUGAGUAUAUAAACGACGAGUGAGUGAAGACGAGACGCACAGAGGGAGCAACUGUGAACGAUGAAGUCGUCUGUGCUGUCAGUGCCGUCUGUGCUGCUGCUGCUGCUGCUGCUGACUCUGACCUCUGCUCGUCUGCACGACAUAGUGAAGAGGAGCUCACAGCACAGGAGAGUUUCAUUACUGAACCCACAGCUGGAGGAUCUGGAGCCUGAACCCACCGGUAACGCCGUGGUGUCGUCUCCUCUGACCCCUGCUGACCUGCAGCAACCCGACAAGCCGUCCUCCUUCAUGUUCGCUGAUAAUGUGAACCUGGAGUGGCUGUCCUGGAACGGCUCGGUGCCCAACGGUGCCGUGUCCAUCUACAACGGCUACACCGAGCGCACAGACCAUGUCUGCAAGUACAAGUGUGAAGCCGGCUUCUACAACCCCAGCCUGGGCCCUUACUGUCGCUACCCCUAUGGAGAUCGUGAGUACUACGCUCCUGAGUUUGAGAUCCUGGCCAACAAGGACAACUUUGAGUUCUUGGAGUGGAAGGAAGGUUCGUACGGCUCAGUGGCGCAGCAUUCUGUCCGCACCUGCUCAGGGGUCGAUAUCUACGUUGGGAAGAACAAGUACGGCCUUGGAAAGGUUGUCCCGCAGUAUGAGGCCUUCUUCCUGCCUUGGGAAGGUGACGAGUAUUGGUACAAGAAGUACCAGGUGUUGACCAUAAACCGAGACGCCUACACGCAGCACAUCAGUGAUGUCAAGUACGACAUCGAUGAAGUGGCCAUCUUCCAGUAUCCUCCUGAGACCAUGCAAAUCUCCGCGGUCACCAACAACGAGUGCCAGACGGUGGCAAAGACGGUCACCAUCUCAAAGGUCACAGAGGUGGAGACCACGUGGAGCAUCGGCCGAGGCACCAUGCUCGGCAUCACGGGCAGCAUCACGGCCAAAAUCCCCCUCAUCGGCGUCUCUGGAGGCAUCGAGCUGGGCGGCGAGAAGACGCUGCAGUUUGACAGAGGAACCACCAGGCUGGAGUCACUCAGCCACUCUGUGUCUGUGGAGCUCAGCGUCCAGCCCAACCACUCCUGCAGAGUCCGCAUGGAGGGACGCAAGAUCAAAGCCGACAUCCCGUACACGGCGCGCCUCAGCCGCACCUACCGCAACGGAGAGACUCAGUGGACGUCCAUCUCUGGGACGUACGACGGAGUCCAGAUAGGAGAAGUGCGGGCCGUGGUGGACCGCUGCGAACCUGUGGCCGACGCCAAGCCAUGUCCCUGAUGGACGCACAGAGACGAAGACGAGCUGAUAUUUGUUCAUGUCUGUCAAUAAAAAUAAGAUCGUGUGAAUCAA